AUGUUUCAAGCUGUCCAAAAAUUCAAAUCCCUGAAGCAGCCACUCAGAGAUGAAUGUAGGGAUAAGUUUUCUAACCUGCAGGAGAAAAUUUCCAAGGUUAAGUUGGAAUUGGACAGAUGCCAAGCUGAACUUGAUCAUAAUACCUUUGAUGCUGACCUCAGGAACUUAGAAAAGACUCUUUCAGCAGAACAUUCUAGGCUCCUAUUGGCUGAGGAAGAUGUAAUUAGGCAGAAAUCAAGGAUCACCUGGCUCAAGCUUGGUGAUUCUAACACAUCUUACUUCCACAAGUCAUUUCUUUCAAGGUCCAACUCUAAAAGGAUUUUGAGCCUCACCUCUACCACAGGUGAACCUAUUACUACCCCUGAAGGUAUAAAAGCUGAAGCACUUGCAUUCUUCAAGCACCUUCUAGGUGAUAAUCCUCCUCCCCAGCAUGGUCAAGAGAUCCUGAGCCCUUUUAUCACCAAAACUAUCCCUCCACAACACAUCCCACUCCUUGAAUCCAUCCCCACUGAUCUUGAAAUCAAACAAUGCAUCUUCUCAAUGAGCAAAGAUAAAGCUCCGAGACUAGAUGGUUUCAAUGCCUAUUUUUUCCAUCAAGCUUGGCCAAUUAUAGGAGGCUUAAGGCAAGGUGAUCCACUGUCUCCUACACUGUUUGUUAUAUCUAUGGAAGUUCUCUCAGAUGAUUUAAUUCUCUUCUGUCAUGCUGAUAUCACCUCCAUCUCUAUUCUUAAAUCAGCUAUGGACCUUUUCUCCUCACUCUCUGGUUUGGCUACUAACCCCUCCAAAAGCUCAGUCUUCCUUUCAGGUAUUGAUCAUUCAAGUGAGAUUCUGUUCUCUAAUUUUCUUGGUGUUGGAAUUGGGUCACUUCCCAUCAAGCAUCUUGGGGUUCCCCUCAUCUCCACUAGGCUCAAAGCUGCUGAUUACAAUCUGCUGCUUGAAAAAAUCACAGUAAGAAUCCGUCAUUGGUCCUCUAGAAGCCUCUCUUAUGCUGGAAGAUUAGUUCUCAUCAAAUCUGUCCUACUGUCCACCCAAUUGUACUGGUCAAGUAUUUUUAUUCUGCCACAGAAAGUGAUCAAUGACCUCUCUGCAUUGCUGAGGAGAUUUCUCUGGACUGGUCCUGACCUUAAGAAGACUAGUGCUAGGGUUAAAUGGUGUAAUGUAUGUAAGCCUAUUUCUGAUGGUGGUCUUGGGCUCCCUAACUUGGAAGUUGCAAAUAGGGCUGCAAUUCUCAAGCACAUUUGGGAACUCAGAGUUGAAAGCAAUCAGAGAAUUUGGAUCCACUGGUGCAGGACUAGUCUAAUCAAAGAUCAGUAUUUCUGGACCACCAAAAUCCCACAAUCAUGUUCAUGGAGUUGGAGGAAAAUCCUCCAGUUAAGGCCUCUUGCAUGGAAACUCAUCAAACACAAGUCAGCAAGUAUAUCGCCCUCUGCUAUGGUUAGUGACUUUGUUGAUGCUAGCUCAUGGAGCUUCCCUCAACCCCUCUCCUCCCAAAUUCCUGAUCUGAACAGUGUUUCACCUCCCAAUCCCUCAGAACCAGACCAAUUUAUUUGGUUAGCAGGUCCUAAUGGAAAAUAUAGCCUUAAGCAUACUAUAGCAGCCAUUUCCCAAGCCCACUACCCUGUACCUUGGUCAAACCAGGAAAGGAACAAUAGGAUAUUCAGAUCCUCCCCUUCUUCUCAAUCAUCUGUGCUAAAGAUUGUAUGUAAUUCAGUUGCUGAAGCUCUAAGAUCUCGCCACAAGGAUUCCUACUCUCAAUUUGCUUUGGAAUGGUCUUAUUCUCCAGUCGCAGCUCGUCCUUCACCACUCCCUCCUGAUCAGUGA